AUGGACUCUGACAAGAAUCAUGGCCCAAGCUUCAACAUGGACUUGUUCAAAGAUCCCGAAAAGCUGAAAUUCUUUGUUAUGAAGUACUCGCAGACAGAAGCCUUCAAGAUCUGGGCCGGCUUCGCAGUCAUCGCCUUCGUCGUCUUCAUGUUGGUAUCCAGUGGCGAUUUCUCUUUCCUCCUGACGCUCUCCUCUCUGUUGAGCAUGUUCAGCUUCCUUAUGGUCGCACUGAAGAUGGAGAUUGGCCGCUCCUGCAAGGGAGUGUCAUUGAAAAUGAUGGAGUCUUACCUAGUGAUCUUCUUUUGCCGCCUUUGCGCCAUCAUUCCUUUCGAGGGCUACCUUCCAUUUGACAAGUCAGGCGACUGGUUCUACCAGACUUGCGAGGCGCUUGGUUUCUGCCUUGCGGGUACGAUAGUGUACUUCUGCCGCGUAAAAUAUGCCGCAACCUAUGAUCCCUACAUAGCGGAUGUAGCAUCGAUGGAGUCGCCACUGGACGGCUUUCUGUGCAGCUUGAUUCCGGAUCUCUCCGCAGCCGUGAUUCGGCUCUGGGCUUCGCAGCCACGAGGAGCAGCCUCCAAUCAAAGGUUCCUCACCCGGAAUGCCGGUCUUGGCAUCCACGCACACCAGAUCCACAAAGCGCCACCGGAGGUCAUGACUAUGACGUUUGGGAAUGGCUACCGCCUUGAUAAGAACGAUUUGCUGGGAGCUGGUGGUUAUGGCAAGGUGUACAAAUGCACGGACAUGCAGGGCAGGGAGCUUGCCGUCAAGCAAGUCUUCACCGCAAACACAGAGGUUUUGGACAGAGAGAUUGAGAUUCACACCCACAUUGGCCAGCACCCAAAUAUUGUUCAGCUCAUCGACGCCUUUCCCAUUGAGGGGGCAGAAGGGAAGAUGAUAGUGAUGGAGUUGGCCAAGGGUGGCGAACUGGGGGACUUGCUGGAGAAGACGGGCCCUAUGCCUGAGCAGAAGGCCAAGCACAUCUUUAAGCAGGUCGUGGGUGCCAUUCAGCACCUGCAUUCCCGCAAUAUCCUGCACCGGGACCUGAAGUCUGACAACAUCCUCCUCUGCACCGACAGCACUCACGACAUGAACCAGCCUGUUGUGAAGCUGAUCGACUUCGGAGCGGGCCACUGGGCGAAGACGGGGCCUCUGGUGGCGGACAAGUUCAUCGGGACGCUGCAGUUCAUGGCCCCGGAGGUGAUCAUCGCGCGUGGGGACGACUUCGAUGCCACGGAUGCCUCGCAGAUCGAAUCGACGGUUCAGAUCGAGUUCAAGAAGCGGCCGUUUGGGAUUCGGAAGUACAAGCCGGGUCCGAACAACAAGGGCGCUCGCAUUAUUGAGGUCAUCGAGCAGUCGCGAUACCCAGGUGACCCUCUUGGCCAAGCUUUCGUAGCUGGGGUCCAGAACGAGUGGGUCGUGAAGUCGGUAAACGGAAGGGACGUCAGCAACAUGGAUUUCGAGGACAUCCUCGACCUUAUGGGCGAUCGCUUGUUGGACAAUUCCUCCCGUGGUGCAUUCGAUGGGUCCUUCAAGGUGACCGGUGACAACAAAGGACAGGGAAAAGUGCUGCCGAAGGUUGAGCAGGUGGAGCUGCCUGCGCAGAUCCAGUAUGCCAAGAUGCGGUCGAAGCCCUACGAUGCGAAGGUGGACGUGUGGUCCCUGGGCUGCGUCCUCUACCAUAUGCUGGCCGGUCGACCCCCAUUUCCGCCAGAGGAGCCGGACGUGCUCGCAGGAAACUUCCAACCGCCACCAGGGGCUUCGCCGCAAGUCAUGGAUCUGUUGAACAAGAUGCUCGUGGUGAACCCGGCAGCACGUGCCGAUCUUGCCACGGCAACGGACACCUUUCAACACUUGUAUUUGGGCGUUGGUGCUCUAGGCUUGUCCUUGAUCUUCCAUCCGAACCUGAAUGGUUUUCUGCCUUCAGAUAUCGGCUGGGCUUUCGCUCUGUACUUGGAGUCUGUGGCGGUUCUGUGUCAGCUCUUCAUGUUCAUGAAAGAGGGCCGGGCGCAGGAGCACACCUCCCACUUCCUGGCUGCGCAGGCCCUGGCCAAGUUGAUGAGCUUCAUCUUCUGGGCCAGCUCGUUUAGCGAGCUCUCUGACCCAAAUCACCACAUCAAGGCCUUCGUGGGAAACUGGGUGGUCUGUGCGCAGCUGGUGCAGCUUCUGAUCAUGGGGGACAGCAGCUGUUUAUGUGAGGGCAUGCAGAGGACAGCCUUCACGCAGACGGAUGCAAGAAAAGAGUUUCGCUGUAACCAGCUGGAUUGGCUCUUCUCGGCCAGCAAAGACUUGCUGGGCGUGUGGAGUGUCAAAUCGGCCCAAACUGGCAGCUGGGGCCGAAAAAUCGGCACCAUUCCCACGGCCAACGCGCUGACCGGGGUGGCCUGGGCUCCUUCGUCCCGGGAGAUCCUGGCGAGCUGUGCUACAGGUGCCGUUGUUGCUUUUGAUGUGGAUAGCUGCAUGCCAUCAUAUGCCUGGAAAGCGCACGAGGACGAGAUUACCCAAAUAUGCUGGGUAGACAGCCAUCGGCGGCUUCUCACGGCAGCCAAGGACAGGAAGCUUCGCAUUUGGGAUUUCCCAGCUCCGGGGCGUGAGUUUUCGCCGUUCCACUCACCUACGUUGAGCACAGCUCCCAGUAUCUCUGCUCCCGGUCGACGCCAGUCUGCUCAGCUUAGGGGUGCUGCAGCUAGCACCUCAAGUACUGUGCCGGCACGCCAGGACCCUCCAACCAGCACUUCACAGGUGCCUCCAGCUGCCCACGGCUAUGCAUCGCAAGCUCCAGGAGCCAGGGCGCCUAUGCCGGCGACAGGAGCAAGGGCGCCUAUGCCGGCGAACGACUCCGAUGAUGACUUGACCGGUUGGGAUCGAUAA